AUGCAUCAAUGGACGUUUGGAUACUUCCAGCCCUUGGCUAUUGCGAACAGUGCUGCUAUGGCUCUCUUUCUCCGCCAUGCGGUGUGUGUGGUUGACUUCCUCGCCAAGUCUUCUUACAAAACUUUCAGGAUCAAGCAGUUCCUGGCCAGGACAGAAUCAAUCCAUUCUCCAAUGGAUGUGAUGAAAACUGGAAAUAAAAUCAGGUACAACUCCAAGAGGAGACACUGGAGAAGAGCCAAGCUGGAUCUGUAA